GACCGAAAAUCGGCAUCCGAAAAGCAUGAGUCUUUCACGCGAACGGACGAUUGGUCCAAACGCAUGGUCUGACAACGAACCACUAGCGCUGGCAAAUAAAUGGCAAGCGCACUUCUUUGCCGGUCAGUCAAUAGUGUGUACCCCAGGACACAAGAAAAUAGUUGUCAAAAUACACAAUAUUUAUUAAAUGUGUACCGGUUUUUUGUGAUAAAAACGUUCCUGUAGGAUCUUACGGAUACUUUUGACAGUUUAAAAUACAAAUACAGACACAAUGCCUGCCAGAGCACCCGAAACUGAACGCCACAUGGGUAUCAACAUCACCGACGAUGUCGUCAUCACAGGUAUAUCCGGUCGUCUACCAGAAAGUAACAGCAUCGAAGAAUUCAAGCAACAACUCUUCGAUGGCGUAGAUUUGGUAACAAAUGACGAAAGAAGAUGGCCAUCUGGUCUGUAUGGACUACCAACCAGAACCGGUAAAGUUAAAGACUUACAGUAUUUUGACGCAACUUUCUUUGGAGUACAUGCUAAACAAGCACAUGUAAUGGACCCACAACUUAGAAUGUUGUUAGAAUUGACGUACGAAGCUAUGGUUGAUGCAGGUAUGAACCCCGGUGAGAUGAAAGGCACGAAAACAGGUGUCUUCAUCGGGGUAUCAGACAGUGAAUCAUCAGAGUUUUGGACACGAGACCCCGAACAAGUUAAUGGUUACGGUCUAACUGGAUGCUGCAGAGCUAUGUUCCCUAAUAGAAUAUCUUACACCUUCGAUUUCAGCGGACCAAGUUACGCUAUAGAUACUGCUUGCUCGAGUAGUUUAUUCGCCUUCCAACAAGCAGUUACGGCUAUUAAGACCGGCCAAUGCGAUUCCGCUAUAGUAGGAGGAGUAAACCUUUUAUUAAAACCAACAUCCUCUCUACAGUUCCACAGACUUAGUAUGUUAAGCCCUCAAGGUAUGUGUAAAGCUUUUGACGCCUCUGGUAAUGGCUACGUACGGUCAGAAGCAGCCGUUGUAGUAUUUCUUCAAAAAUCUAGUGUGGCCAGAAGAGUUUACGCUACAGUUUUGGGCGCUAAAACAAACACAGACGGUAACAAAGAACAAGGUAUUACUUUCCCAUCAGGAAAUAUGCAAAACAAACUAAUCCGUGAAGUUUACGACGAAAUUGGAAUCAAACCUCACGAAGUUUCAUAUGUUGAAGCUCACGGUACUGGUACUAAAGUAGGAGAUCCACAAGAAGUUAACUCCAUUGCAGAAUUCUUCUGUAGGGAUCGUAAAGAACCUUUAAUGAUUGGAUCAGUUAAAAGUAAUAUGGGCCAUGCUGAACCAGCAUCUGGUCUCUGCUCGUUGGCAAAAAUAGUAAUCGCUAUGGAAUCAGGUAUGAUUCCCCAAAAUUUACAUUUCAAGAGUCCCAACAAAGACAUUCCAGCACUAAAUGAUGGUCGUCUAAAGGUCGUAGCUAAAAAUGAACCAUGGAAUGGAGGAAUCAUAGCUGUAAAUUCCUUUGGUUUUGGAGGUGCUAACGCGCACAUUGUCUUAAAAUCUAACCCCAAACCCAAAACCACAUGGCCAGCAGGAGCAGUACCAAGAGUUGUAGGAGUUUCAGGACGUACAGAAGAAGCAGUUAACAGCUUUUUGAACAAAAUUGAAGAACAUAAAAACGAUGAAGAAUUUUUGGCACUUGUUGAUGAAGUCCACAGCAGAAACAUCAACGGUCAUGCAUACAGGGGUUAUGCUGUUUUAAACAAUAAUGCCGUUAAAGAAGUAUCUCAACUUCCAUCAGAAGACAGGCCGAUUGCCUUCGUAUUUUCUGGCAUGGGUUCCCAAUGGUCUGGUAUGGCAAGAGACUUAAUGCAGCUCGAUACUUUUAAAAACUCAAUUAAAAGAUGUUCUGAUGCUCUAAAACCUCACGGACUUAAUUUAGAAGACAUCAUUAUCAGCGGAAGUGAAGCUACAUUCGAUAACGUUUUGAACUCUUUUGUAUCUAUUGCCGCCAUGCAAAUUGCUCUUACAGAUGUCUUAAGAACUGUAGGAGUGGAACCCGAUGUCAUCGUUGGACAUUCCGUAGGAGAAGUGGGUUGCGCUUAUGCUGAUGGAACUUUAACACCCGAACAAGCUAUAUUAGCUGCCUACUCAAGAGGUCGUGCUAUCAUGGAAAGUAAACUUAUCCCAGGAGGUAUGGCAGCAGUAGGACUAACAUGGGAAGAAGCUAAACGUCGUUGCCCUUCUGAGAUCAUUGCUGCUUGCCAUAACAGUGAAGACAGCGUAACUAUCUCAGGACCCAAAGACGCCAUCGAUAAAUUCGUCGCAGAACUUCAAGCUGAAAACAUUUUCGCCAAAGGUGUUAAAUCUUCUGGAAUCGCUUUCCACAGCAAAUACAUUGCCGAUGCUGGUCCAAAAUUACGUAAAGCUCUUGAAGCAAUCAUUCCUAGCCCAAAACCAAGAUCACCAAGAUGGAUCUCAUCUUCAAUUCCAGAAUCUGGUUGGGGUACUCCUUUGGCCCUACAAAGCUCAGCUGCCUACCAUGUUAACAAUUUACUUUCGCCUGUUCUCUUCCAUGAAGCUUUACAGCACGUUCCAGAAAAUGCAAUUGCUAUUGAAAUCGCACCUACUGGACUUCUCCAAGCUAUUUUGAAGAGAGCUUUAGGAGCUAAAGUUACCAACAUUAGUCUUGUAAAGCGAGGACAUGCUGACAAUAUGGAAUUCCUUUUGGCAGCUCUUGGAAAGAUUUUCGCCGCUGGAGCCCAACCUCGUUUCGGAAAUCUUUACCACCCCGUCAGCUUCCCAGUCGGUAAAGGUACUCCCAUGAUCAACUCCAUGAUCCAAUGGGAUCACUCCAUCGAAUGGUCCGUUGCUAACUUCGCUAGUAAAGGAAACAGAUCUGGAGAGUUAGUUGUCGACAUCGAUCUUAGUAAAGAAGAAGACAAAUAUCUUGAGGGGCAUACCAUUGACGGCAGAGUUUUAUUCCCAGCUACAGGAUAUUUGACUCUUGUAUGGAAAACUUUCGCCAAAUUGAGGAACGAAGAUUACGAGCAGUUCCCAGUUAUUCUAGAAGAUGUCCAAUUCCACAGAGCCACCAUUAUGCCCAAAGAAGGUUCAGUUAAAUUCCUGAUUAACAUCUUCGAAGGAACAGGAGAAUUCGAACUCUGCGAAGGAGGCUCCGUUGCUGUAUCUGGUAAAAUAUCUGUUCCAGAAGAUGUCAGCAAAGAAGUGCUCACCCUACCAAAGCCUGUAGUUAGAAACGAGAAAGAUGUCUUACCUCUGGAAUCUCUUGACAUCUACAAAGAACUUAGACUCAGAGGUUACGAUUAUGAAGGAAUCUUUAGAGGUAUCACCGAAUCUGACAACCAUGGUUUGGCUGGAAAACUUAGAUGGGACAACAACUGGAUCAGCUUUAUCGACACCAUGUUACAAUUCUCCAUUCUUGGACAAAAUACUAGAGAACUUUACCUACCUACAAGAUUACAAAGAAUUGUUAUUAACCCCAAAGAACAUUUGCAAGCAAUUCAAGGCCUUCCAGAAGGAGAAAGCCUACCCGUAUACAUGUACCGUAACAUCGGUGUGAUAAAAUCUGCCGGUAUCGAGCUCCGUGGAAUGAAAGCUAGUUUAGCUCCAAGACGUCAACAGGCCCAAUCAGCACCAAAACUAGAAAAGUAUCAGUUCGUACCAUACGAGAACAACCAACCUCUUAUCGAGGAUCCAGAAAAGAACAAAAUGCAAGCGUUAACAGUCAUCGCACAAACUGUUAUGGAAAAUAGUGCUGGCGCUAUGAAGAUCAAAAUUGCUGAAGUAGCGAAUGACAAACCAGUUGAAUCUGUACUUGCUAUUGCUCUCAAAAAUAUUAUUGAAUCUGAACCUAUGCUAUCAACUGAUGUUACUGUUGUUACAUCAGGACCUAUUGAUACCGAAUCUUUGGAAGCAAAUGAAAUUAAGCAUGCUGUCCGUGAUGUUAAUUCAUCACAAGUAGCACAAGACGUUCAUUUAGUUGUAUUGAGUGACAUAUUGAUGUAUAAACGAAGAGCCGUAUUAGACAACGCAGUAAAAUCACUUAAGGCAGGAGGUUUUGUAUUAAUAGAGGAACUUAAGGGAUCUCCAGAUAUGUCAAUUCUUAGUGGUUUGGAAUUAAUAAGCAGACAAAUAAGCGAUAUGAAAGUAUAUUUACUUUUGCGUAAACCAAUCACUGUGCCUACUGAUGCCACCGUUAUCCAGGUUACCGAAAACAACUUCAGUUGGGUAGAACCCUUGAAAGAUGCUAUGAAACAAGCUGAAACCGAUAAUAGAAAGAUCUACGUUUACGUUCAAGGAGAGGAACUUACUGGAUUGGUCGGUAUGAUGAACUGCUUAAAACAAGAACCUGGUGGUUCUAACAUGAGAGCUGUUUUCAUUCAAGAUACUAAUGCACCCAAGUUCACUAUUGCUGCAUACGAACAACAACUUAGGAAGGAUCUAGUGCACAAUGUCUUAAGGAAGAAGGUGUGGGGAUCAUUUAGACAUCUUGUACUUGAACACUUUGAAGAUAGCGGAAAACUUCAAGUAGAACAUGCUUACAUUAACACUGUAACCAGAGGAGAUUUGGCUAGUUUGAGAUGGAUCGAAGGACCUCUGGGAUAUUACAAGGAUGACCAACCUAAUGCUGAAUUAUGCAACGUAUAUUAUGCUCCUCUGAACUUCCGUGACAUUAUGCUUGCCACAGGAAAAUUGCCCCCAGACGCACUUCCUGGUGAUCUUGCUGGUCAAGAUUGCAUUCUCGGUUUAGAGUUUUCUGGACGCAACUCAACUGGCAAACGUGUAAUGGGAAUGGUUGCAGCGAAGAGUUUAGCUACUACCGUUUUAGCCGAUCCCGGUUUCUUAUGGGAAGUUCCUGAAAAAUGGAGCUUGGAAGAAGCUGCAACAAUCCCUGUAGUUUACGGAACUAGCUACUAUGCCCUUGUUGUUAGAGGAGGUUUACAACCUGGAGAAUCUCUUUUAGUCCAUGCUGGUACCGGAGGUGUAGGACAAGCUUCAAUUGCUAUCGCUUUACACAUGGGAUGCGAAGUUUUUACAACUGUCAGUAGCCAAGCUAAACGUGACUUCUUAAAGAAGACUUUCCCACAACUCAAAGACGAUCACAUUGGCAACUCCCGUGACACCAGCUUCGAACAAAUGAUUAUGAACCAAACAAAUGGUAGAGGAGUAGAUUGCGUUCUGAACUCCUUGGCUGCUCACCAACUCCAGGCUUCUGUAAGAUGUUUGGCAAUUGGUGGUCGCUUCUUGGAAAUUGGAAAAGUAGAUCUUUCUAACAAUUCUGCGUUGGGAAUGAGCAUCUUCUUGAAGAACACUACUUUCCACGGAAUCCUUCUUGACGCUCUCUUUGAUUCAGACAGUCCUCAGAAGAGACAAGUAAUGAGAUUGGUAACUGAAGGAAUUAAGAGCGGAGCUGUAAGGCCACUUCCAAAGACUGUAUACAAUGAACACCAAGUAGAACAAGCCUUUAGAUUUAUGGCUUCAGGUAAACAUAUUGGUAAAGUUUUGCUCCAAAUAAGAGAAGAAGAACCUAAAACUGCCACUCGCCCAGCUGUUAAGACUGUCAGCGCUAUUCCCAGAACAUACAUGGAUCCUGAAAAGAGUUACAUUUUGGUUGGAGGUCUUGGUGGAUUUGGUCUUGAAUUAGCCAACUGGUUGGUUACUAGAGGUGCCAAGAAAAUGGUGUUGACCUCCAGAAGUGGAAUUAAAACUGGAUACCAAUCACUAUGUAUCAGAAGAUGGAGAGAAAAAGGUGUGAACGUACUUGUUUCUACAGCCGAUGCAACAACUGACAAAGGUGCCAGAAGACUUCUUACAGAAGCCAGUGAAUUAGGACCCGUUGGUGGAAUCUUUAACCUGGCAGUAGUCUUGCGUGACGCAAUGAUGGAAAACCAAUCUGAAGCUGACUUUAAGACUGUCUGCAAACCAAAAGUUGACGGCAGCAAAAUGUUAGAUAUGGUUUCCAGAGAAAUGGCCAACAAUUUGGACUAUUUCGUUAACUUCUCAUCAGUUUCAUGUGGACGUGGUAACGCUGGCCAAGCUAACUACGGUCUAGCCAACUCUGCCAUGGAACGUAUUGUUGAAGCCAGACAGAAUGUUGGUUUACCUGGUAUUGCAAUUCAAUGGGGAGCUAUUGGUGAUGUAGGGCUUAUCCUAGAAACCAUGGGAGGAAACGACACUGAAGUUGGAGGUACUUUACCUCAAAGAAUGUCUUCUUGCUUAAACACAAUGGAUAUUCUAUUGCAACAACCUCAUUCUGUUGUUGCCAGUAUGGUACUUGCUGACAAGCACAAGGGAUCUGCAGGAGGUAGCCAAGUUAGUCUUACCAGCGCUGUAGCUAACAUUUUAGGUAUUAAAGAUCCCAACACUGUAGCACCUAGCAACACUUUAGCUGAUCUUGGUAUGGAUUCCCUUAUGGGUGCUGAAAUUAAACAGACCUUAGAAAGAAACUAUGAUUUAGUACUUAGCGCACAAGAAAUUAGAGCCCUUACUUUCGGGCGAUUAGUCGAAUUGAGCGACGGGGGAGCUCUUCCAGCAGGAGGAGCUGCAACUGAAAGCUCACCAGCUCAAGAUAACAAUGUUCAGUUUGAUAAGUCUGCCGAUAUUAUGCCCAAAAAAUCAUUAGUUCAAAUGAAUAGUAAAGGUUCAGAUAGCAAAAAGGCUCCAGUAUUUGUUAUUCAUCCAAUUGAGGGAGUAGUAAAUGCUCUAGAAAACUUGUCAAAGAACAUCGAGAUUCCUGUUUAUGGUCUGCAAUGUACUGCUGAAACUCCACUCACUUCAAUAACUGACUUAGCCAAAUAUUACAUUAGCUUGAUGAAAUCAGUUCAACCAAAAGGACCAUACACAAUCAUUGGUUACUCCUUUGGUGCCAGUGUCGCCAUCGAAAUGGGAAUCUUAUUAGAAAAGAGUAAGGAAAGAGUAUCUCUCUUAUUGUUGGAUGGAUCUCACUCUUAUGUUGCUACUCACACCGGAAAAGCAAAGAAUACCAAGAUCCAAGGAAAUACAGUAGCUGAACAAAGCGAAGUACUACUGUACUUUAUCUUGCAAUUCAAGGACGUCGAUCAGCAAAAGCUUUUCGGCGAACUUAUGGCCCUAAAAUCGUGGGAAGAAAGACUUGCUAGAGCAACUUCCAUCGUCGCCGAAGUUACCCAAUACAAGAAAGAAGAUAUUGCUGAUGCCGCAACCAGUUUCUACGGCAAAUUGGCAGCUGCUGAUAAGUAUGUUCCAAGCGGAAAAUUCAACGGAAGAGUAACUUUAGUUAAAGCUAUUGACAACUAUGUUCAAAUGGGAGAAGAUUAUGGCCUAUCAGAGGUAUGCACACAAAAGGUAGCUAUCGAAUCAUUGAAAGGCAAUCACCGAAGCAUAUUAGUAGGUAGCAGUGCAGAAAAAAUAGCUAGUAUUUUAAAUACCAUCGUCCAAGCGUGAAAAUACUACUAACUCUUUUAAUUAUUUUCAUUUACAUAUUUUUUGUGAAUGUUUAUUUUUUUGGGUCCAAUUUUUGAUAAGAUUCUCAUUUUUAUUUAUAGUUGUAAAUAGUAGGUUAGUUUGUUUGAAUAUUUUGUAGUUAAUUUAUUGUUUAAACGUUGAAAAGUUACGUUGGAGAGUGAGUUUAUUUUUGUAUGUCUGUUUAUAACCAAAGAAUUUGAUUCAGGACAUUGAUGGAACUCUGGUGAUGGCGCAGGGUUUGUUGCUUGACCUCUUGCUUCAUCGUCACAGUUAGUUUUCUGUUACAUGUGAUAAGAAAUUAUGAAAUUUACUUAGAUCAUUAAAAUAUUUUGUUUUAA